GAGAGAGAGAAAGAUAUGUGUACGUGUAUGAAUAAUGCCCAACAACCCGACAACCUAACAACAAUUACUACUACAUUAACAACUCUCCUUUGCCUUAUAAUAAUUCCAUUCUGCCAUUUUUUUAUAUAGAAAGUUAGAAACAGAGACAGACAAAAAACAGGAGAAAUGGAAGAAUCAACCGAGCAAAUUCGAGCUCCUCUCAUUCCCAAGCAUGAAGAAGAAGAAGAAGAAGAAGCUUCAUCAUCAUCAUCAUCAUCAUCAAAAUCUCCGCCGCCCGUGCCGGAAAUAACUGAAUCCGAAGAAAAUUCCCCCAUUCCACAAGUCGCUCUCACCGUUCCGACCUCCGACGAUCCUUCUCUUCCCGUUCUCACCUUCCGAAUGUGGUUUCUUGGCACUCUCUCUUGCGUUCUACUCUCUUUUCUCAACCAAUUCUUCUGGUACCGUAAAGAACCUCUCUCCAUCACCGCCAUUUCCGCUCAGAUCGCCGUCGUUCCUCUCGGCCGUCUAAUGGCUUCCAAAAUCACAGAUCGGAUUUUCUUCAAAGGAAAACGGUGGGAGUUUUCACUAAACCCUGGCCCUUUCAAUGUCAAAGAACACGUUCUCAUCACUAUCUUCGCUAACUCCGGCGCUGGCAGCGUCUACGCCAUUCACGUUGUCACCGUCGUUAAAACCUUCUACAAGCAACAUCUGACCUUCUUCGUCUCUCUGAUUGUCGUCGUUACGACUCAGGUGUUAGGUUUUGGAUGGGCGGGGAUAUUCAGGAAGUAUCUGGUGGAGCCGGCAGCGAUGUGGUGGCCGGCGAAUUUGGUCCAGGUUUCGUUGUUCAGGGCCCUACACGAGAAAGAAGAAAGAAGCAAAGGAAGUUUAAGCCGAACCCAAUUCUUUGUUAUAGCCUUCAUUUGCAGCUUUGCUUAUUAUGUAUUCCCCGGCUACCUCUUCCAAAUGCUCACCUCCCUCUCAUGGGCCUGCUGGAUCUUCCCAACUUCCAUUCUGGCCCAACAGCUCGGUUCGGGCCUUUACGGGAUGGGCCUUGGGUCCAUUGGGCUGGACUGGUCCACCAUUUCCUCCUACUUAGGCAGCCCACUUGCUAGCCCAUGGUUUGCCACUGCCAAUGUUGCAGUUGGCUUUGCUUUCAUCAUGUACAUUUUGACCCCAAUUUGCUAUUGGUUCAAUGUUUACAAUGCUCAAACAUUUCCCAUUUUUUCAGAUGGUUUGUUCACUGGGAAAGGUCAAAAGUAUGAUAUUUCUUCCAUUAUUGACUCCAAUUUUCACCUUGAUUCUGCUGCUUAUGAAAAACAAGGGAAGCUUUAUAUUAGUACUUUCUUUGCUGUUACCUAUGGUGUUGGCUUUGCUGCUCUUUCUGCUACCAUUGUUCAUGUUGCUCUCUUCCAUGGAAGGGAAAUAUGGGAGCAGAGCAAGUCAAGCUUUGAAGAGAAGACAAUGGACAUACACACAAAGCUGAUGAGCAAGUAUAAACAAGUUCCUGAAUGGUGGUUUGUGUUGAUUCUUCUCGGAAACAUCACACUCACCAUUUUCGCUUGUGAAUAUUACAACGAUCAGCUUCAAUUGCCAUGGUGGGGAGUUCUACUCGCUUGUAGCAUCGCUGUUUUCUUCACACUCCCAAUUGGAAUCAUUACUGCCAUUACCAACCAAGCUCCAGGCUUGAACAUAAUCACCGAGUACGUUAUCGGAUAUAUCUACCCGGGAUAUCCCGUCGCCAACAUGUGUUUCAAAGUGUAUGGGUACAUUAGCAUGAGUCAAGCCAUUACCUUUCUACAAGAUUUCAAGCUUGGCCAUUACAUGAAAAUCCCACCAAGAACCAUGUUCAUGGCUCAGGUUGUUGGAACCUUAGUUGCCAGCUUUGUGUACUUGGGCACUGCCUGGUGGCUCUUGGAAACCAUCCCUGACAUUUGUAGCUCAUCUCAAUCCUUCUGGACUUGCCCGUCCGAUAGGGUGUUCUAUGAUGCUUCGGUCAUAUGGGGUUUGAUCGGUCCUCGUCGGAUUUUUGGAGACCUUGGAUACUAUUCAUCUGUAAAUUGGUUCUUUCUUGUGGGUGCAAUUGCCCCUGUUUUAGUAUGGUUAGCUAUGAAGGCAUUUCCAGAGCACGAGUGGAUUAAACUUAUCAACAUGCCUAUAUUGAUUGGGGCCACUGGCUAUAUGCCUCCAGCCACUGCUGUGAACUACAUCACUUGGAUUAUCAUGGGGUUUCUUUCUGGUUUUGUAGUAUACAGAUAUAAGCCAGAAUGGUGGAAAAGACAUAACUAUGUUCUCUCUGGAGCAUUGGAUGCUGGUCUUGCUUUCAUGGGGGUGUUGUUGUACUUCACAUUAGGGCUAUCAGAGAUCACCCUCGACUGGUGGGGGAACGACCUUGACGGUUGUCCGCUAGCACAGUGCCCGACCGCAGUUGGAGUUGCUGUGGAAGGAUGUCCCCUCUUCACUUGAAGAAGCAUUCAGAAUGAAAAAGGCAAUUUGUUUCAAGGUUUCACUAUUUCUGUUUUUGUGUAUAAUUGUCAAUGAAAUUAUUGGCUUCUGGAUUUUUUGGACUUCUUAUGGGAUGAUUUCCAGUGUAAUUAUAAGGUCCCAUGCAUAAUAUUCUUUCAAAUUUGAGUUGCAUAAACUUGUAAACACUUCAAACCAUAAAUCAAGCUAGAAAUUCAGUAUGUAUUUUGUUGAAGAUUAAAA